AUGUCCAUACCUUCAAGCCAGAGUAUCACACUGGAGAUUAGGACAGCUCUUAGAGACAUGUCCCAAGAUGCGAAACUAUUUCAGAACGUCAUGUCUUAUGCCGAUGAGAAGAAAAGGGCCAACAUCAACCUUCCCCGGCAGUUCGUUACGGCCUGGCUUCACAUCGUGUCUGGCCUGAUCUGUGCCAGUGACGGAAGGAAUGCGUGGCUUGCGCACAUGACCAAGGCUAAAGUGCUGGUGAUGGAUGGCAUGAACCGCAUUAUCCAGGGCAUCUCGAGUCGAAGCAUUCUCGGCGAUUCUGCUCUACUACCCUUGGAAGUACUUUCACUAUUUUCACUCAACUUAUUGCAGGAUCAAGUGGGCAAAGCAGAGGACAUCAUGGAUACCUAUGCACAAUACUUGACAUUGCUGGAUGCGGAAAUCACCAGCCAGCCAUCUGACCGAUCGUACCAGCAUCGAAUUGGUUUGGUCCAACAAGAAAUGACAGUCAUAAGAAAAACAGUGACCAAACAAAGAUCUACUCUGGCAAGCAUCAAAUCAAACCUCGCCGCCAGAGACGACGGGACCUUUCUCGCAGGAGCAGGAGCAGCAGCAAUUGACGAUGGCCCCUGGCGCCGUAGACGAGCCCACGACAUGUACGAGGAGGAUGCAACAUAUUAUCCCAGCCCGCCGUUGAGACGACACGGCGCGGAGUACCUGAGAUUCGAUGACCAAGAUGCAGCGGACCUCGAAGAUGGCUCGAAGCUCUCGACCACAGACGAGCUUGGAUUCCGGGCUCUAUUCCUGAACGAAUGCAUUCGUCUCGUCGAACAGCGCGAGUUCGACCUUCGCCGCCACACCGACUACGCAGAUGAGCUGGAACGUGCCGUCGUGUACGGCCUAGACUGGACCAAGGAUAGGCAGGAAAACGCCAUCUACGCAUUCACCAUUGUCACCGUGGUAUUUCUCCCCCUGAGCGCCAUCUCUAGCAUCUUUGGCAUGAACACCAACGACAUCCGCGACAUGAACUCGGGCCAGUGGCUCUACUGGGCCGUCGCCAUACCCGUCACGCUGCUCAUCAUUGUCAUUGGCCUCUGGUGGAUGGGCGAAUUGGGCAACGUCGUCAAGUGGCCAUCCGGCAGGCAGACAGCCCGUGUUUCAAACACCAGAUACGUGCCCGGCCCGGCACCGCCGAUGACGGACACGGCAGCGUAUGCUGUCGACGCGCCGACGCACGAGCCGGACAUGGACUAUUCCCAGGCACCGGUGACGGACGGCCGUUUACCGCGUCCAGUUGCGUACACGGCCGAGCAGCGUGGACCAGUCGCUCGACGCUCGCGAAGGCGUCCUCUUCCUCUGCCUGUUGCUCGAUAUUAA